UCCAUGGUUACGACCAGCUCUCUCAGCCACACGCAGCGGGUUAGCCUCGGUUAGCUUAGCUUCUCACAACCGGUUGUGUGAUUUGUUUCUCCGAUGUGUUGCCGGGAUCCUCGUUGAAGUAACGGAUCUAUCUGCAUCCCCUCCUCGGCCAUGGAGUGCCGUGUCCUGUCCAUACAGAGCCAUGUAGUCCGGGGGUAUGUGGGCAACAAGAGCGCCUCUUUCCCGUUGCAGGUUUUAGGGUUUGAGGUGGACUCCAUCAAUUCUGUGCAGUUCUCCAACCAUACAGGUUACUCUCACUGGAGGGGCCAGGUGCUGACGGCUGACGAGCUCCACGUCCUGUACGAAGGAAUCAAGCUGAACAACGUGCACCAGUACGACUACGUGUUAACAGGGUACACCAGGGAUACGUCCUUCCUGGAGAUGGUGGUGGAUAUCGUCCAGGAGCUGAAGAGAGCCAACCCCAACCUGGUGUACGUGUGCGACCCGGUCCUCGGGGACCACGGAUCCAUGUACGUCCCUCAGAACCUGUACCCGGUCUAUAAGAACAAAGUGGUUCCUGUGGCCGACAUCAUCACUCCCAACCAGUUUGAGGCAGAAUUGUUGACGGGGAAAACCAUCAGCACGGAGAAGGACGCGGUGGAGGUGAUGGACCUGCUGCACGCCAUGGGCCCGGACACGGUGGUCAUCACGUCAUCGGACCUCCCCUCCAGACUGGGAGAUCGCUUCCUGGUGUCACUGGGCAGCCAGCGCCACGUUCGUCCGGAUGGCAGCAGGACAACGCAGCGGGUCCGGAUAGAAGUCCCCAAAGUGGACGCGGUGUUCGUAGGAACCGGAGACCUGUUUGCUGCGAUGCUGCUGGCCUGGACGCACCACUACCCCAACGACCUGAAGAUGGCCUGUGAGAAGACGUUUUCAGUGAUGCACCACGUCAUCAAGAGGACCAUUUCAUACGCUCACGAGUUAGCGGGUCCCGGUCGGAGACCCAGCCCCCCCCAGCUGGAGCUGAGGAUGGUUCAGAGUAAAGCGGACAUCGAGGACCCCGCUGUAGUCAUGGAGGCCACCGUCAUAUCCUAACAGUACCCCCCCCCCACGCACCCACCCACCCACCCCCCGUAAGACUCAAAUCUCUCACAUCAGUAGAUCACUGUAAACUCCAGCACUGACUCCUCUAGUGUCGUGACCCUGUAGACCCCCACCCUCAACUCUGUAAGCCCUCCUGUCCUAGACCCUUACCCCCAUCCCCCCCCCCCCGUCCCGUCAGAGCCAUGGACAGACAGAGCAAGGCGACUCAGAGUCCUUUACAAAAUAAAAGCAUUUAAGUGUGUCAUUAAGAGAGAGGGGGGGCACUGAUGCACCCUGCCAACAGAGAACCCUUCAUUUCCCUGAUCCGACUGAGGGGAGGGCUCAAUGAGCAACAUGGAUCCACUAUGAUCAAACUGAGUGGACCCCCCAGCCUGGCUUUGUAUUUUGGGCUAUGAUUUAUUCCUCAAACACACAAUAUAAAUGCCACACCAUGCAGCCCAGCUCCAGCUCAUGGCUCUCUACUGCCACUCAGGAGGAAGUAGCAUGAUUCAUAUGCUCACUGAUCACCUACUGUCUCUCCGUGGCUCUGCCCCCGCCCCCACUCCAACUCUAACAGCAGUGAUGUAAUGGUGACCAAGUCUAACCCGUUGAAAACAUAACAAAGAAAAAAAAAACGCACAAUGUAUAGUUGGUGUGUAGAUGUCGUAGCUGUUAUUGGACCGUCUGUAGGAUAUGGACCUGUCUGUUGGACCGUUGUGUGAUGCUACCGUACUAAAGUCCACAAUAUCAACCGGACACACCGGGCCGGCUCUGGCUCCGCCGUAGUGAUAAGUAACUGUUUAAUAUUCAUUGUGUGUAGAGAACAGAUCUCAUGUCAAAGCAUAAAGAAAAAUAGGGAUCAUGAGCCGAUCAGAAAGGUGCCAGAACCGGCCUCCUCGUUGACCCAGAACCCCUCAUCUGAUGCCCGGGCUGUGGAUCUACUGGAGGCCUCUGGAAGCUUUCAAGGGCCCCAAAACAACCCAAAAAAGAAGUUGCCAACGCGUCUCUUCACUCUUCACUGAGAGGUGGGACCAGCGGGUCAAAUGUAAUCCGGAUUACAGCAGUUUUUGACGGCUGUUACCUUUAUUUAUUAUUUCUACCUGAUCUAUUUUAAUCCUUUUUCUGUCUUCAAAACUUCCUUAAUUUCCCUAAAAAACCUUACCUUAAGAAACGUUUUCCCAACGCUUUACAGACCAGAUGGAAAUGAGGGAAAUUGAACGAUGAUCCUGUCAAAACCGUAAAGAAAACACAGGAAUUAGACCUUUAUACCGCAGUACUGCAGUAGAGAAUAUUCACAUUUGAAAAGUAUUGAUGAGCUAUAAGUUUCAACCGGGAAGAAAGUGAACGGUCUGAGGAAAAAAUCCAAAUCUGAAAAUUAAGUCUGAAAUAUGAAUUUUCUGAGGAUGAAAGUAAAGAACAGGUUAGCGGCUGCAGGAUGCUAAAUGAAUGCUAAUUAGCCACCUUAGCAUUGA